AUGAGGUUCUCCAUACUUUGCUUCGUUCUGGUUUCAUCGCUGGUAGCUGCGAUUCCAAGAUCUCAUCGCGUCCAAGACCCACUUGAACGUGAAAUCUCUCUGGAGCCACUUCUCAACACUAGGACUGCAUUCACUCGAGCAGCACUGGACUACUAUCUCAAUUCUCAACGAUUACAGAGGGUAAACUAUGUGCCCAAAGAGAUCAACCUGCUCUUCCGCGGUGUAAAUGGUCGUGUAGAUAUCCCCAACGAUCCAGAUGCAAUCAUCGCAUACGUCAAAAGAACACCGGAAUUAGCGAAGAAUGUUGACGAUGUUAUGGAUUUGCUAAUGGAUAAUCUGAGUGAAGUCAGCCUAAACACCAAGGAUCUUUUCCAAAUCGCACCCACAGCAGUCAAGAACGACGUCGCUAAGACCUGGCCUGAGGCCUACAAUCUGCUUGAAAGCAAUUUCGCCACCAACUUCGCCGCCGCAGCAAAGAAAUUCGCCGACGGCGGUCUCUCCAUGGAUUCCAAGAUUCUGACUGCCGAUGCUGACCCCAGCAAAGGCUCCCAAAAUCAAGAUCAACAAUCGUGCUAG